CUGCAAGGUCUUUCUUUUCAGGCACCACAGUUUAUAUCAUUUAAAGAUGGCAAACUUGGAGUAAAUUUUGGUGGAUAUCAUGCUGGUGUAGGAAUUGGUGGUCUAUUAGAUGGUAGCGGUGGGGCAGGAGGUUUGUAUGCUGAAGCCGGAACACCUUCGGGUCAAGCAGCUAGGGCUGGCCUAGGUGGUGUAGUAAGUGAACAUGGUGGUUCUUCAGGCGGUCUUUAUGCGGGAGCAACUGCAGGUGGAAACAUCAAGGCGCAAGCAGGUCUAGCAGGUGGUGUAAAUGCAGAAAAAUCUGCCGGAGGAGGUUUCGCAUCUGCUCAAGCUGGACCUAAUUAUGCAGUUUCCGGUCUGGGCGGAGAAACAAAUUUAGAAGGCUCUUCAGGGUUUUCUUUCUCAAGUAAUAAAGAAAUUUUAAAGCCGGUUAACUCAAAUAAUAAUCUUGAAACUGGUUUUAAAUUUAACGCUGUUAAUGAAAUAAAGCCAUUGAGUGGAGUUGCUAUUUCAAAAGAAGUUCAUUUGCAACAAAACGAGCAACCAGUUAUUGUAAAAGAAGUUUUUGUACCUCAGAAGACAAAAUAUAUUGAGAAAGAAAUAAUACACACGCAUCACAAGCCCCACAGACAUCAUUUCCGUAAAACUGCCUUUUUGGGGGGUUACAUCGGAAAUCAGGGUGAUGCUAUAGCUCCUGCCCCAUCGGUGAUACAUAAAACAGUAGAGCCUUCUAUACAAAAAAGGGUCGAUAUCGAAACGGAAACCGCAGUUCAUUCUGGAUCUAGAGCUGCAAUCGAUGGAAGUGCAAAUGGAGGUGGAAAUAUCGUUUACAGAAAGGAAGUGUCUGUGCAAAAAAGUCCAACAUUUUUUGCUGACAUUUUUAAUAUUCCAAUUUCGGCAUUAAAAGCCGUUGGUGAUUUUCUCGGCAAUACAGCUGCUAAUACAAAUAUAUCAGUUCAAAAAUCUGCUUCUGUUCAAGCAGAAACGGAUGAGAUAUCAUCAUUAAAACAUGAUCCAUUAUCAUCACCAUCACCAUCAUCAUAUGAAUCAUCUGCCUCACAUAUAAAAGUUGAAACACCGAGCGCUUCAAAAAUAAUUGACGAUAUAUUUGCCGUAAAUGAAGAUGGAACUAUCGAAAGACGGGCCAGAUUAGGCCCUCAUGCCAGGAGAAGGGCUAACAAACACGUCAUUUUGGUACAAGAACAAGAGCCAGGAGAAAAAAUGAAGUAG